AUGAAAGACCCAAGGCUAAAUCACGUGACCCUCGGCGAAGACGCGACCCUGACCAACCAGAACGGGUCAUCAGAGCCAGACCCGUUCGCCGAGUAUUUGUGGAUGGAGCACGAGGAGGAGUUUAACCGGCAGGUGGUGGAGGAGCUGUGGGAGGAGGAAUUCAUGGAGCGCUGCUUCCAGGAGAUGCUGGACGAGGAGGAACGGGAAUGGUUCGUCCCGUCCAGAGAUCUGCCGGACGCCCGGCAGAUGGAUCUGCGCGCAGUGACAAACAUGAUGAGCCCCCUGAACCCCAACGCCAAGGAGUUCACGCCCGGCAUCCAGAAGCACGUCAUGUGA